AUGCACCAACCAUGCCAAACCACGUUGUUUUUCACACGAGUGAUAUUUCUACUGCUGUGUUGCGCCGGUGUUUGUCUCGCCGCCGAUCCCGCCGAUCGUGCCGUGAAGCACCGCUGCAUAUUUGACGCGAUAAUGAAGAAAUACGGCCGGCUGCCGACUGCGGUGGUGCGUGAGGUGCCGCGCCGGGGACAGGGCGCCGUGCAGGCGUACACCGCCGCCAGCGAGGAUGGGGACGGUGGCUGGGCUCCGAUCCGCUUUAAGGUUUUUACGGAGGAUCUGAAGAAUCCACAGAAGUACUGCACUGCAGAGGGGCAACAAAGGUCGGACCUUCGGGGAAUAAUGACUAUUUGUCGAAGAGAAAAUAUAUUGACGGAGGAAAAGAAGAAUAUCUUUGAGUCAUAUGUCAUUCCCAAAGCCCUUAAAAUGCACUCUGAUCGACUUUUUGUUAAACCCUUGAGGAUCAGCUUGGUUGUGCCGGAUCCUGUGUAUGGAAUUUGCACUGAAUUUACGAUUCCGCGUGAACACCACACGAAAGGUGUGCCUAAUACCGACAUGGUUAUUUACGCCGGUGCUGCACCCGUGACUGGGGCAGCGGCGUGGGCAGGGCCGUGCCUCACAUUGCGGGAUGGUCGUCCAUUUGUUGCUGUGUUGAACUAUGAUCCUCGGACCCUUGUUCGUGAUGAUGCGACAGUGCGCCAAACCGCACACGAGGUUGCACAUGCUCUUGGAUUUGGCUACGAGAUAAUGGAACCACUCGGUAUGGUGAGCAAGAUCCCUAAUGUGCGCGGCAAGGAAUUUGUGACGGUUGUGAGUUCUGCAAUAACGAAGGAGAAGACGCGGGAACACUACAACUGCCCUACCGCCCCGGGCAUGGAGCUGGAGGACGAGGGUUAUGGGGGGACAGCGGGAUCCCACUGGGAACGUCGCAAUGCGUUGGAUGAGUUGAUGACAGGCAUUUCAGGGGCUUCUCUCUACACAUCACUGACAAUGUCGGCUUUUGAGAGUAUGGGAUUUUAUCGCGCCAAUUGGGGAAUGGAGGAAGACAUGGCCUGGGGCAGGGAUGCCGGCUGCGCCCUGUUGGAAAGGAAGUGCAUAGAAAACGGCGUCAGCGUCGUCCCGGACAUGUUUUGCACCAGUGCCACUCCGCCGGGUCAGUUGCUUUGCACCGCUAGCCGUCGAGGUCUUGGGUCCUGUGGCCUGUAUACUUAUUCGCAGAGCCUUCCUAUUCAUUUUGAGUGCUUUUCCUAUCCCAAAGUGGAUGGCUGGGGAUUUUUUGUUUGCAUGAAGGUGUUGAUUGGGAGUUUUGCUGUUGCCGUUUUGCGCACUUGCUAG